AGAAGCAGAAGACGAAAAAAAUAUGUGCAAGCAAAUCUCGCGAAAAAAUGAAAUUUGCAGCACUUGCCGUGUGUGAAAUGUGAACGCAGAGUGCACAGCACAACAACGAGACAAUAAUCAGCAUUUAGUGUUUAUUUCGAGGGCUAAAACAACCGCUGGACCGCCGUAAAGAUGAAGCGAAAGAACGAAAAUUGCCUGCUGCAGCAGAGGCAGCAACAAAAACGCUAUUUGUCGUAGAUAUAUGUACAUAUAUUUACCAUUAUAUAUAUAUGUAUAUGCAAAUCUAUACAUAAUAAAGAAGUGUCCGUCGGUGAAUCGGAUGCGCGAUAAUAAAUAAUAAUAAUAAACGCAAUUAAUUCGAACUAAGAAGGCGCGCGCGACGAAGAGGAAAGAGGCGAGAGAAAAAGAGGCGCGAAAAGUUCGCAACAAAAUGGUUGUCUCCAAAGACAACAACAAGCGUCGCCGCAAGGAGACGGAGACGCCUCCACCGCCUCCGCCCGUCCCGCCCACCGCCACCUCCACUUUGGCUCCUCCAGCGGCGGUGGCGGCCAUUGAGUCCUCCCCCGAAAUGCCCAAGAGAACGAAGGUCCAGGCCCAGCGGAAGUUCGCCCAGGGUCAGAGUGCGCCCAGCAGCUCCUCGAGCCUCGCCUACAGCGCAGCAGCAGCAGCGGCGGCGGCAGCCGGAAGCGGUCCCAGCACCUCCGGAGCGGAUAGCUCCCAGCCGCCCAUCGAGAUCCUGCCCAACAAGUGUCCCAAGGCGCAGGACUUUCUCACCUUUCUCUGCUUUCGCGGCACUCCGGCGCUGCCCGCCCACCUGGAUUUCCUCAACCAGGGCAAGUCCAAGGAGGCGGAGGCCACCUCGGCGGGAGCCAAUAACAAUAACAAUGGGAAGAAGGCCAACAACAGUCGAGCGGCGGGCCUGACAGCAGCGGGCAGCAAAAAGAAGCGAGGACGUCCGGCCAAAGGAGGCGGCAAGAAAGCGGAAACCGAACCCCCCUCAAAAGCAGCCAGUGAUAAAACCAAUCUCAUUGCAGCCGGAGCACCUGAAGCUCCUUCUCCUAAUCCUGUGCUGCCAGGAGCGGUGCGCAAACGAGCGGAGGUGGUCACCGAUGGCAAUCGACGAGGAGCCAGGGGCAGGCUACCAGUCGGAGCAGCUGUUACCCCUGAGAAGACAGGAGGAGCAGCCUCAACCAACGAUACAAAGCGUCGCUCCAAUCGCGCCAGCACCAAGGAAAGUAAGCCCAUUAUAGACGACGAUCAUUCAGAGGACUUCGAGGAGCCAGAAGCCGAUGAAGAUGAAGAUGAGUUCUUCUCCGCUCACGAUGCCACCUCGCGAAAUGGGGAGGAGGUCAAGGUAGACAGUCCGGUGAAGGCGGAAGCACCCACCAAACGAGGACGACCGGCGGCGGCGGGCAAGAAAGCUGCGGAGCCAUCGGAAACUUCGAAGGAUAAGGUGCCCGUGAAGCGAGUUAGGCAACGCGAGUCGCCUAUAUUCAUACCUUCACCCGAAUCCUCUGGUCGCAUGACAAGACAGCGGGCUUUUUUCGAGCCCGUCAAGGUUCCGCCGCACCAGGAGGAGCCUUCCGUACCAGAGCCUCCCAAGGAAGAGCCCAAAAAAGAACCUGAAUCGCCAGCUAGCAAACCCGAAAAGGAGCCGGAACCUACUAAGCUCCAAAAGGAAGCCAAGGAGAAGACGAAUUCCAGUAUUUAUGCCAAAGAAGCCAAGCAGCAGCUGGAGAAUGGAGAUACCGGGCAGCAUGGAGCGACGGCCAAGGGCAAGAAGAGCCUGAAUGUCUUCGAUUUCAGUUCGGAUGAUGAGCAGCCGCUGGCCAAGUCCAUCAAGCUGAAAAAGGGUGCAAAAGGGGCGAGUCCCAAGAAAGGAGCUGCUGCUGCAGUUGCUCCAACGGCCAGGAAUCGCAAGGCGGCAGCUAAAAAGCAGGAGAAGGAAAAGGAAACCGAGAAGCAGAGGGAAAAGGAAAAAGUAGUAGAAAAAGAAAAGGCCAAGGAGAAGGAAAAGGAACCCGUACCAGAAAGCAAAGUGGAGGAGCCACCGAGUGGCGGGAAAAGAGGGAAGGCUGGUAAAAAGAAAGCCGAGGACGCGCCAGCCGAUGAGCAGGAGUUGGCACCGCCCUCCUCGAAAAAAGCGGCCACCCAAGCCCGCGGAUCUCGGAAGACUGCGAAGAGCAAGGCUUCCGAGGAUUCCGCCGAGCUGGAACCUCAGCGAACGCAGCGACCCUCACGCAAAACCAAGGAAGCUGCGGCCAUCUACAUGGGCAUCAUUGGUCACAAACUGCAGCUGGCCGAUGACGAGGAGGAUGAUCUGUCCAUGAGCAGCUUUCCCGACAUACCAAACGUCAAGGAGAUGGAGAAGAUGGAGAACGAGAUCAAGCGAAAUGCGGCGGGAAAGUUAAACGUGCCGGAGGCCACGACGGUGCCUUCGGCAGGCAAAUCAACCCGUAAGCCGUCGCCCCGACCCAAGGAUUCACCUGCUCCGGUGGAGGAAAAUCCUCCCUCUUCACCAGAAGUUGAGGAGGAGAAGCCACCGCCUCCAGCGCGACGUGGUCGCCCGCCCAAGCUGGGCAAGACUGCCGUGACCGCUCCACCGCCCGCCAAGCCGCCCAUCGAGGGAAUGCUGGUGAAGAAGGGCUCGCUGGCCAAGAUCUCCGAGCAGCAGGCGAAGCCCAAAGCCAAGUCCGAACAUUCAAAAGUCGACUCCGACGAGGAGGAAGACUUUCUCAUCAACGAGGAGCUAAACGAAACGAAGCGCAAGCUGGAGAAGAGUUUCAGUGACUCGGAUGAUGAACCGCUGGCCAUCAAGGUGCCCGUGGUGGCGGCGGCGGGCAAGGAGAAGGAAGUGUCGCCGCCAAAGGUGAGCAGUCCGCCGCCUAAAUUGGUCACGGUGCCAUCGCCCAUCUCUGUGCCCACGCCUGCCGUUUCGGUGGCUGCACAACCACAACCGACCACCACUAGCAGCACCACCACCACCCAAUUGACCAUGCUACCAUUGACGGCCAAGGCUACGCCAACGCUGGGCGCCAUGCCCAUGUUUCCCUGCAUGCCCGCCAGCUAUUCACCGCUCAAAACGAUGGAGAAGAAGCCACCGGUGCCGACGUCCAAGAUCCUCAACGUACCCGCCACCUAUGCGCUGCCGGGAAAUGCUGGUGGUGGGCCUGUGGGUUUCCAAAAGACCUCGUCGUAUCUCCCGCAGGCAUCGCCGCACUACCAUUCCGGCUACGUGCGUCCACCACCGACGCCCACGCAUCAAUUUGGCGGAGGAGGAGCUCCGUCGGGGAGUAAGACUCCCUCGCAGGGCUCCUCGCCGCUGAAAUAUCAAACGCCACCGACUACCUAUCCGCCGCCCAUUGAGGCGUAUCAGUGUCCCAAGAUCAAUCCCAACUUUCUGACGCCCAAGUACGAACGCAGUCCACUGCCCAGAUCCUCGACCAGCAGCUUUCCCAGCCCCUCGCCGGUCAAGUUUCUGCCCGCAUCGGGAACCACGGUGGGUACUACAGUGGGCACACCUUCGUCGGCCACCAAGAGCCCGUUGGCACCGCCGCCACCCUCACCGCCAGUCAGUCAGGUGGUCAUCCAGACAUCCAGCUUGAAUCUUAGCAUGAGCAUUGCGGCAACAGUGAAUGCGGCACCUGUGGCAUCCACUUCAUCGGCGGCGGCGGCGGCGGCAGCAGCGGCUCAUCAGGUAACAGCCACAUCAACGCCACCGCCCGCACAUAGCAAUAGUGGAGGAGCAGCCAACUCCGAUCCCCUGAAGGACGAGAUUGGUAGUAUUCUCGCCCAGGCAACUCUAAUGCCCAGCAAAGAGGAAUCAGGCAAGAUCUUCGGCAUAGCCAGCGUGAGUUUGGCCCAAAGUUCGGGGCCGGACAACACCAAGUGCACCCUGGGCAAGUGUGGAUCGAUCCACAAGCCUGUCCUGGGACCAGUGGUGCCCACGGAGGGCUACUUUGGCGACCAGCUGUCCAGCAAGGAGCGGCGCAAGGCCAAGGUGAACAUGACGCACGAACAGAUUCAAAAGUGGCUGAUAGAGUGCUCAUCCAACCCGGAUGAGAUUCAAGACGAUCUCGAUGAUGACUUCGAUGAUAGCCUGAGACCCCAGCAAUCAACCACGCCGCCGCCCACGCGAGAUGAUAAAGAACUGAGUGCGAGCUUCAGUUCCUCGUCGAAGAACACGCGCGGCGAUCUGGGAAAGAGUGAGAGUGCCUGGUCGGCCAAGGGACCAUCGCUGAAGGCCACGCCCGUGCUGGUCACUCCGCCCAGUCGCAAGGAGCAGGAGCAGGCGGAUUUGGACCAUGACAAAUCCGCGACACCUGUGAAUCUAACCCAGAAGAUUACAUCCAAUGAGUCGCCGGCGGUUGAGAAGAAAGUCAGCGAACGGAAGGGCAAGGAGUCAAUUAAAACUGCUGCCUCCAAGGCUGCUACUCAGCCAAGAAGUGCUGCUGCCACUCCACCAACUCCUGUUUCCUCCACACCCACUCCUGUAUCGCUCACUCCAACCAAGAGCAGUCCCACUCCUCCACCAGCUGUUAAACAGAAACCGGAGAAGGGCAAGAGAGGUGGCGCUGCACCUGCAAUAGCUUCUCCGCCCCCGGCACCCAAUCCACCUCCCAACACCAAGCGAACGCCUGUUUACAACCAAAAGAACGCCAAGGCGCAGCCCCAACAGGCGGAGGUUAAGCCCGCAGCUAAUCCGCCCAGCGGAACAGGAACCAAAAAGGAGUCUGUCUAUGCCUUUGGCAAGGAGGAGGAGUCGUCCAGCAGCAAGCCAGCAGGCAAUCGACGGCCAGCUGCCGUUUCCAAUGCGCUGAGUGAGCGAUCUCCAACCAAAAAGCGAGCUGCAGCCGCAGCGGCAGCCACGGCAGUUCAACUGACGCUCAGUCCCACGGAAAACUGCAAGAUUGAGGGGAAACCCAAGACGGCAACGGGAAGGGGAGCCAAAAAGCAAGCAGCUCCAGUUCCACCUACUCCUGCACCUGCAUUACCCGCAGAACCCAGUGGAGAUUCGGAUGCAGAGGGGGCCACCUUCUACAUACCCCUUCAAGGAGCCGGCGUCGGAGGCAGUGGCGAUGGCGGCAUCCAAGGCGUCGCCGUAAAACUAGGAAGAGAAGGUCCCGAUGGACCCAAUCAGAAGGUGGUGAUGCAGGCCACUUUGGUGACCAAAGCCCAGAUGGACACCAAUUCAAAGCCCCUGCCCGAGUCGCUGAAUACCAAUGAGCUGGUGAAGACCCUGCUCCAUGCAGCCAGCAAUGAUGCGGCCUCAACGACGACAAGUUUAAAAAGUUUACCCAAGGCGAGCACAUCGGCGGCAGCAGCAAUUGCUCCGGGUGCCUCCUCCACCUUAGUGCGUGUGAAUUCCAACUCUUCGCUCUUCUCCGGUUCGGCGAAAUCCCGUACAGCUGCCCAGACGAGCUCCACAGCGGCGGCGGUGGCCAAGAAGUACAAGGAUGACACGCCCAUCAAGAUGGCCAACAAUACGGCCUUUCCGCGACACGAUGAUCCCACCCAAAUGGUCGAGGCGCCCAUUUUCAGGCCCACGGAGAAGGAGUUCGCCGAUCCCAUUGAGUUCAUCGAGCGCAUCACACCGAUAGCAGCGCGGUUCGGCAUCUGCAAGAUCAUUCCGCCGGCCAGCUUCAAGCCGGAAUGUAGGAUCUCCGAUGAGAUGAGGUUCACGGCCUACAAUCAGUAUGUGCACAAGAUGCUGCAUCGCUGGGGUCCAAGUGCCAAGGAGCUGAGUGCCAUCAAGAAGUACCUGGCCACCCAAAGCAUUGUGAUGAAUCAUCCGCCUUGGAUUGGCGGAAUGGAGGUGGAUCUCCCUAGAUUAUAUCACACAGUUCAGGAGCUCGGCGGCCUGAAGGAGGUGAUCGAAAAGAAGAAGUGGGCACGCGUCGCGGAGGAGAUGUGCAUACCCAAGCUGGCCCAGGAUCGGGUGACCAAGCUGGACGACAUAUACUGCAAGUACCUGCUGCCCUACGACACUCUGUCGCCGGCGGAGCGGCAGAAGCUCUUCGACGAGGUGGAGGCCGACUGGGCCAAGCGGGAGGCGCGAGCGCGUCGCAAUGCGGAUCGUUUCGUGAACACGGAGAGCGUGUCCAACGAGGAGGACGACGUGAGCAGCGACGAGGACGAGGAGUCCGAGGAGGAGAUCGAUGGCGUGUCCAUGGAGUGCAUAGUGAAGGGAAGGAGCAUGCCGCUGAGUCAAUUCUACAGGAUUGCCAGGAAUACGAUGGCUUUGUGGUUCAAGAGCACCGAUCCCACGGUGAAUGAGGUGGAGGCCGAGUUCUGGCGCCAUGUGGCCGUCCGCGAUAGCCAUGUGUGCGUCCAUUCGGGCUCCAUCGAUAGCUCCGGUUGGGGCUAUGGCUUUCCCAGUCCCGGUCCCAAGGGCAAGGGCUCCAACUAUGCCAGGCAUCCGUGGAAUCUGAAGGUUCUCACCAACAAUUCCGGCUCCGUUCUGCGCUCCUUGGGUCCUGUUAUGGGCGUCACUGUGCCCACGCUCCACGUGGGCAUGCUCUUCUCCGCCUGCUGCUGGUAUAGGGAUCCACAUGGCCUCUCCUGGAUCGAGUACCUGCACACCGGAGCCUCGAAGCUGUGGUACGGCAUCCCCGACGAUCAGAGUGCCAACUUCCGUUCGGCGCUGACGUCCCUGAUCCCGACGCACUGCCAGAACAAGACCAUCUGGCUGCCCUGUGAUACGGUGAUGGUGCCACCGCACAUGCUCACGGAUCGCGGGGUCUCCCUGUGUCGCAUCGAGCAGAAGCCGGGCGAGUUUAUCGUGGUCUUCCCGCGGGCCUACACCUCAAGUUUGGCCACAGGCUAUGUGGUUUCCGAGAGCGUUUACUUUGCCACCAUGUCCUGGCUGGAUUUGGCCAAGGACGACUUCAGGGACAUCCAUGAGAGCUGUGAGCCAGCCAUGUUUUCGCUGGAGCAACUGCUGUUUGCCUUGGGCUAUGACCAGCGUGUCAACUCUGAGGCGCUGCAUCAAAUGUUGCCCAUGCUUAAUGAUGUUUGCGAGAAGGAAUCUGCAGCCAGAGAGCAACUAAGGGCUGCUGGCGUAACGUCCACCGAGAAAGUGCAGGCUGAGAAGGGCCAGAAGGCCAAGAAACAGCAGCAGCCGCCAUACAAGUCCAUCGAGAGCGAGUGCGACCUGUGCCGCGCCAACCUGUACAUAUCGAUGGUGCGCACCGAGGACGGCAACAUCUAUUGCCUGCAGCAUGCGCUGAAGAACCUCAACAACGGCAACAUCCAGGCCAAGCAAUGCAAGCUAAUCUACGCCUACAACGUGGAUGAUAUACAGCAGCUAAUCCGGCAGCUGCAGGAGAAGAUCAACCACAAGGCGGCGGUAAAGAAAAAGUAGCAUCGUCGGCGUCGUUACUAAUCGGCGGCGCAAGAAAGAUACAGAUACGGAUAAGACUGUGGAUUAGGAACACCGCUGUACAUAUAAGAUGUGAUUCGCUAGAAUGAUAAUUGGGUGAAAAAUAGUGAUGACUACGCGUUGAACACACACACAUAUGCUUAUGCAACGUUUAUCUCCCAGUUGACUAACUGACACUAUUACUAACUGUAUGAUAAGAGUGUAGGAUCGAUCGGAUAUAGAGAUGCACAUCUCAAAACGGCAAUGCUUUCAACUUUGACUAGUUUAUACUUUUUACUGAUAAAAAGUUUGCAAUGAUUUUUGUUUUCCAUUUGGUUUUUUUGUUAUGCAAUAUGUACCACCCCCCGCCCCCGAAAGUGUUAUUAACCCCCCCACUUGUGUUAUUGUAUAUAGAGAGCCUAGUAUAUAUAUGUACGUAGUUAGCUUUCGGAUUAAGUCAGAGACCCUCAAAGAAACCAUGCUAACGUGUUGCAAUUUCUACUACCUUUUAUACGCUAAGAUAACGAGUAAUUACCAUAGAUACCCAGCCCCAUAGAGCGGUAGUUUCAGCACUAACAAUAGCAAGGGACCGUCCCGGGAUGGAUCUCCGUCGACUAACGAAAUCCAGAGUUACUAUCGAUGAUAGCAAGUAUGUGAAACCAUACUGUCCAUUCAACCAAAAACGAUACAGACGAAAAAUCCAUCAAGGACAGACGAUUGCGAUUGCGAGAGAACUUUUCACUAGAUGUUCAAUGUAUUUAUAUAGUAGUAAUACAAUAUUUAAGUAACAAGUGCAACAAUAAAUCUUAACGCGAUAUAUCGAA